AUGUCCCAAAAAGAUAACGAGUCUUUUAAGGAAUAUGCACAACAAUGGAGGGAAGUGGCCUCACAAGUCGAACCACCCUUUGUUGAGAAGGAGUUAGCAGAUUGGUUCAUGGAUAGAGUUAAGCUUAUGCUCUAUGAAAGGAUGGUGAGUAGUGUAUCAGCAAGUUUCUCUGACUUGGUUGUCGUGGGUAUUAAAGUUGAGCUUGCAUUGAAAAAUGGAAAAAUGAUAACCACCAUUGAAACAUCCGUGUGCUCUGAAGAAUGUGUUGAUGGCAAGUCUAAGGAAUUCAGGACAGUGUAUGUGAGAGGCAAGUGUGUAAAUUUCUCUCCUUCAGUGAUCAACAAGUAUUUGGGAAGGCCUGAUGAAGCUCAACCUGAGCUUGAGGUGACUGACAACAAAAUCUAUCAAGUCAUCACUUCUAAUCAGGUAAGGAAGUGGCCUCUCAAAGGAAAAUUGGUGGCAAGUAAACUGAGUGUUAAGUAUGCAAUGCUGCACAAGAUUGGAGCUGCUAACUGGGUUCCCACCAAUCAUAAAUCUACAGUUGCUGUAAUGCUUGGAAAGAUUAUAUCCGCUGUUGGAACCGAAGCCAAAUUUGACUAUGGCUCCUAUAUUUUUGAUCAAACUUUGAAGCAUGCAGGAAGCUUCAGUGUGAAGGGUCCUAUAGCCUUUCCUUCUCUCAUCUGUGGUAUUGUUUUGAAUCAGUUUCCAAACAUCUUAACAGAGAAUGAUUCUGUGAAGAAAAGAGACAGCCCUAUGUCCUUCAAUCAUAAGCUGUUCCUAGGUACCCAUGUCCCUGACAUUGUCAUGACAACAGGUGAGACAUCACGUGUAAGCAAUCAGCCAGGUAAAGCUGCUGUCAUUGCAAUGCUCAAAGAAACCUGCAGGGAAUUAGAGGCAAGGAAGCUGAACUUGGAAAAAUUGAUUAGCACUUUGGAGAUGACUGAAGGUGAUGUGCUAGCUGAUGGUGGAGAAUUUGGUGAAGCUGCUUCUGUUGCAGAAGAAGCUGAAAGACAAGGUGAAGAGGGAGAAGUAGAUGUCAGUCCUGAUGAUGGCACAGAUGAUGAUGCUAACUCUGAGUCAGAUGACUAG